AUCUUGGCCCCGAUUUUGUUUCUGUGAGUACUCGCUCUGAAUUUAUUUUUUCCUCUUUUUGGGGAGGGAUUAUUCAUUUUGUUGAUUGGUUUCUGAUAUUCGAUUCUUUCGGUGGAUAAUCAUCUGGCAAAAUAGAAGUCUUGUAAGAUGGCUGAUAAUGAGGAUAGUGAGGGAAAUAUCUCACGUGGAAAUGAAUGGGAAGUUGUGUCACUUACAGCAUCAGCAUAUGCCGCUGCGCCUGUUCCAGGAGAAGCUGAAGUGAAAGAUGACGACCAGCGUGCUGUUUAUCAAGAGUCUGAUGCAGAAGCUUCUCGUGCUUUAUUUAUGUCCGGUCACUUUUUGUUUCCUCCUAGCCAGCAUGAGAAUUUGCCAGUGGAGCCUGAGAUUCAGGAUGAACAACUGAAGGAGGACAUGGCCUCUAAAUUGGGUGAGGAAGCAGGGGGCGUCUCUAGCACUAAGGAGGAUGAAAGCUGGAAUUUGAAAGGGCUUAACAUGCCUGAUGAGUAUCCAGGGAUACAGUUUUUUGAUGAGAAGGGAAAAGGUCUCUCUGUUCAUGGUACAGAAUUUGAAGAAGGCCCCGCUUUGCCAAGUCUCAUUAAUAAGGAACAGAGUUUAUACACUUCAGCUACAUUAAGUUCUUUGCACAGUGAAGCGGCACUAGGUGAAUCACCUGCAUAUGGUGAGACACUUGAUGUUCCUGAGGUGACUGAUCCUUCUGAGCAAGGCCCAGAUUUCCCUAUGGACAUCUCACAGUCCCCAAAGCCUGCAAAAGAAGAUAACUAUGAUGGGUCAGAAUUUCCUUGUGACGCUUGGUGGAAGAGAAGGGCGGCUUCCUUGUUUGCUCAUGCAAAAGAGGCAAAUACAUUUUGGUCUGUUUUUAUUGCAGCAGCUGUGAUGGGCCUUGUGAUUAUUGGGCAGCAAUGGCGGCAAGAAAGGUGGCAAGCGUUGCAAGUUAAGUGGCAGCUUGCUAUCACCGAUGAGAGAAUGGGCAGGAUGAUGGGUCCCAUUUCUCGGCUUAAAGAUGUGAUCGUGGGUGACCAUCGUCAUCGAUCUUUCAUCAGGGGCCGCUCUUCAAAUGAUAACUGAGAUGAGAUGAUGACGAAAAAUUGCGGUAGAUCGUUUAGGAUGGUGUAUGCCAGUUUGCUGUGUGGUUCAUAUGGAAAGUAAAUAGCUGUAUGUUUGAAGUUUGACAUUACUAUAAUUACGCUGCUUUGGUUGUUUAUUUGAUCGCCAGCUUGGUGAUAUUGCUCGCGUUAGAUUGGCAAACCUGUAUGACUAUAUCACUGAGGUCACUGAUUAUUCAGGAUUACCGGGAAGAAAAUGGGGAGAGAUAGUCAACGAAUUAGGGCCAUGGAAGGAACAAGAUCAGAGUUUGGCAGGAGACAUGGCCUAGUUCUAUGAACUGCCAAGAACUAAUGUGUAUAAGAAUGCAAACCACAAACUACUUGGUUA